UCCACUAAGGCUUGGACAAAAAAGUGAUGAAGAAAAAUAAUAAAACUGUGUUACUUGUGAAAAAAUAAUGAUAAUAAAACUUUAUGCUAUUUUGCUAAGUUGCUCGGAUUGGGGUGGGGUGUCUGAUACAGUUUCGGAUCUAAAGGUCGAAUCCUUCAUGAUCUAAAUUUUAAGAUUCGGGGGUAUGGAUCCAGGUAUGGAUAUGGGUGCAGGGAUUCGGUUAAAAGUAAUUCUAAUAUCUAAAAUAGAGCUAUAAAAAUAUGUCUAAAUUAUGAAAAAUUAUGUGAAAAGUAACAAGGUAAGGAGAAAAUAUUGAUCAAGAGGAGAAUCCGAGAAGGAGAUAAAAGGAAAAUGACUGAUAUAGAAAUUUCUAUAUAAAAGGUACUCUAUUUUCUUCAAGUUCAGCUUAGCUUUUGUUUUGUUUUAGAAAUCAUCAUCUUUGUCCCAAAUUUAUCUGUCGAUUUUGGUCAAAGUACCCAAAAUCGAUUGGCCAGUUCCGGUACGGUUCCACACCCACAUCGUGUCGACACGGGUGCGACACCGAAAGUGAAGAGUCCGAGCAACUUAUCUGUUUUGAACUUGUGGAGACGGAAAAAAUUGCUAUUGGUAUCAAGGUAUGGUCAAACAAAUAGAGCCAAAUGAACACGGAAAGUAAGCCUACAAAAUUGGAAAGCAAGGAGUAUUUGACAUAUAUAAGGCGUCCAAACUGCAUAAUAAUGCUCCGUUUUUUUUUUCUUUUGAUAAUGCUAAGGUUUAGGAAGAUGGGUAGAAAUUAUAUAGUGUUUUUUUUUGUCUCUACCAGGAUUUGAACCUCGUCUUCCAUGGUUUUCACCCACUUCAUUUCGAUAACUAAGUUGCGCGGACUCUUCAUUUUUGAUGCCAAACCCGUCUCGACACGACACUGGGACGAGUGCGGGUGCGGGAUAGGGAUACGUUUGGGAUUCGGUCAACCAACUUCGGAUACUUUGACCGGAGUCCAUAGACAAAUUUGGGGGAAAUUGAGAUUUUGAUUUCUCAAAAUAAAAGAUAAAAAUAGAUUUAAGACACUGGAAAUGGCAUACCAUCAACAUUAUAGUCCUUUUGUCUCAUAUUCGCUGCUACAAUAUACAUGUAAGUUUUUCACAGAAUAUCUCUCAAAAUUUGAAAUAUCUUUAUAGCUCUAUUUUUAUAAUUUUGAAUUUUCUUGGCCGAAUCCCAGCACCCGUAUCCAUACCUGGAUCCGCACCCCCGAAUCUUAAAAUCAAGAUUUUGUCCAAUCCGACUCUCAGAUCCGUAUCCGUAUCAUAUACCCGCACCCGAGUCUGAGCAACUUAGGGCCGUAUAAUAAUGCUUAUUUUGGAUAUAGCUCACAUCAAGUAUAUUAAGGUUUUGCAUACUUUCCUCUUGUUUGUUUAUGUAUGUGACUGUGUGCGUGGUUGUAUGAAGGGAUUUACAGCUAGAAGUGUGAAAAAAGCCAUUUUGCUCAUACUUUCGUACUGAUGUCUUAAUAAGAUCUUAUCUACAAAAGUUACGGCAUUGUUUAUGCCUUGUGCUAAUCUGUUGUAUGCUUCUAGUGUCAAUCUGUUAUGCCACUAGACAUUGUCUUUGGGAUAUUUCUUAAACUUUUUGUCACACUAGCCUUCUUUUGCUGAGAAAAAGUAAAUAACACAAUGAAAAUGUAGUGUUAAUUUUCCGUUUUGUGCUCUGCCCAUUUUCUUAUUUAAUAAUGUAGAACAUUCAUGAAAAGUUCUUCCAAUUUAGAGAAAAAUUUGAUGAACCAAUGAUAUAGUCUUCCUUUGGAACAUUAACGUGCCCCCCCCCUCCCCGGUUUUAUUCUUCUUCUUUUUUUUUUCUUUUUGUAAAUUUUAAUGAUGACAUGUUUCAGAUUAAAUUAGAACUUGCAUUUUUCAUUAGGAUCAGGAUUGAUAUUUGCUGUGUUUUCUGCACUACAUUAAGUAAAUAGGAAUGGAGGGAGUUGGCUAUUCACUUGGAACAGACUGGUUUAUUUGGUCAUUGUUUAACUAAUAUCAGGUGUCCUUAUAAACUUUACACAUAAAUGGAAUGGAAGUUAUGUGUACUCUUCUGUUUUCACUUUUUUAAGGAAGUCUUAACAACUCAUGGAUCAUAGUUUUGCAGUUGAAAAACAGUCAAUAUAAAUGUGAGAUAUGACUCAAGAUCAAAUUGAUGUUCGUCAACAUGGUGUAGCAGUUGAUCAGAAGAAGCAAAAAAUCAAGUGCAACUAUUGUCAUAAAGUUGUUUCUGGGUUUACCCGGCUUAAAUACCACUUAGGAGGCGUUCGAGGAGAUGUCACUCCUUGCUUGGAGGCUCCUACACUUGUCAAAGAAGCAAUGAAAGCCGAGCUACAUGAGAAGAAAAACGGCAAUUUAAUCAAGGAAGUUGAGCAGCUUUACCACCCAAAUCUUCCUUUGAAGCGGAACUGGUGCCCCCGAGAAGGUGAUGGUGAACCAAAUAAGACAGAUCUCACUCAACGUUCUGAAAAUGGAAAUAAAAAGCAUAAUAGAGUGAAUUCAAAAGUAGCUGGUAGUUCUGUUGUAGAUUCAUCCUCACGAGAGAUUUCGAAGUCUAUAGGGAGAUUUUUUUAUGAAGAAGGUAUUGACUUUGACGCUAUUAGAUCACCUAGCUUCCGGAAGAUGGUAAAAGCCACCUUUAUUCCUGGGAAGACAAUAAUAUUCCCAAGUUGUCACGAGUUGAAAGGGUGGAUCCUUCAGGGCGCAGUGGAAGAGAUGCGACAAUAUGUAACGAAGAUAAGAAAUUCAUGGGCAAGUACAGGAUGUAGCAUCUUGCUAGAUGGAUGGGUAGAUUCAAAGGGUCGAAAUCUGAUUAAUAUUCUAGUUUACUGCCCAAGAGGCACCAUUUACCUUCGGUCGUCAGACAUUUCAUCUAUCGAUAGCAAUGUUGAUGCCAUGCAAGUGUUCUUUGAGGAAGUUAUUGAGGAAGUUGGAGUUGAAAAUGUGGUCCAAAUAGUUGCAUACUCGACAUCUGCUGCCUGCAUGACGGAAGCAGGCAAGAAACUAAUGGAAAAACUUAAGACUGUUUUUUGGACAGUAGAUGCUUCUCAUUGCAUGGAACUUAUGUUACAGAAAUUCACAACGAUAGACACGAUACAACAAGUUCUGGAGAAGGCAAAAGCUCUGACACAAUUUAUUUACAGCAAUGCGACUGUCCUAAAGCUUCUGAGAGAUGCUUGUCCUAAUGAGCUAGUGUGCCCUUCAAAGAUAAGGUCGAUUGUGCCCUUCAUGACUCUUGAGAACAUUGUAUCACAGAAAGAACACUUAAUUAGGAUGUUUCAGUCUUCUGAUUGGCAUUUGGCUUCCACAAGUGAGGGUAAAAGAAUGUCAGAAAUGGUCGAAGAUGAAUCCUUUUGGACUGAGGCUUUGAUGGCUGUGAAGGCAACCAUUCCCCUUGUGGAAAUUAUAAAAUUGCUAAAUAGUACUAAUAAGCCACUAGUUGGUUUUAUAUAUGAUACAAUAGAUCAAGCUAAAGAGACGAUCAAAAAGGAAUUCAAAGAGAAGAAAUCCCAUUAUGCAAGAUUUUGGAAAGCCAUAGAUGACGUAUGGGAUGAAUACCUCCACAGUCAUCUUCAUGCUUCGGGUUACUUUUUGAACCCAAGCCUCUUUUAUUCAAGUGACUUCUACACUGAUGUGGAAGUUUCCUGUGGUCUUUGUUACUGUGUUGUUCGCAUGACAGAAGAUCGUCAUAUACAGGAUAAGAUCACGCUGCAAAUUGAUGAGUAUCGCAUGGGGAGGGGCACAUUUCAUUUUGGUAGCUUCAAAGAGAAGUUAUCAAAUAUUUCCCCAGCAAUUUGGUGGUCACAAUAUGGAGGUCAUUGUCCCGAACUGCAAAGGCUUGCUGUUCGAAUCCUUAGUCAGACGUGCAAUGGUGCUUCACAUUAUAGGCUAAAAAGGAGCUUGGUCGAGAAAUUAUUUACACAAGGGAGGAAUCCGAUAGAGCAGCAGAGGAUGCGUGAUUUGGUAUUUGUCCAUUGUAAUUUGCAAUUACAAGCUUUUGAUCCAGAAGGAAGCAAUGACAUUACAGAUGAUGUUAUUGAUCCCAUGGAUGAGUGGAUAGUUGGGAAAGGGCCUAAUUUGAUGUCUGAAAACACUGAACUGACAUGGAAGAAUUUAGACUUGGGAAGCAGAAAAGGGAAUGGAAAUUUUUGUGUGGAAGAACCUAUUAUUCAUGUAAAGGAGGAAGAGGCAGAUAAAUGUAUAUAGAGUAGUAAAUGUAAAGUGAAGUGACAAUGAAUCUUUCUUAUGCUGAAUUAUGUUUAGCUUUAUUAAUACAAUGAAUAUUUUGUUCUA